AUGGGCCACGGAGCUGCUGCCUGCAGGGCUGGAAUUCCCAACACUGCACUGGGAAUCCUGAGGAGCAGGACAGGAGCUCCAGUGGGAGGUGACAGUGACAGCCCAGCACAGGGCACUCCUGGCAUCACUGCCCGCCCUGUCAGUAUUUCCUUUGGAUUCAGGGAUGAGCACAAACUGCUGGCUCAAGCCAGGGCUGGUUCACUAGCCAGAUUAACCCUGCACAAGCCACGGGGAAGGAGCUCUGCUGGCAGAGGGAAGCAGCCCUGGCUCACCAGUGGUGCCAGAGGGAAUUCCCAAGGGAAGCAGCCCCAUCUCACCAACUGUGCCCAGCUGCUGGAUGGAAAUCCCUCAGGAAGCAGCCCAGGUGGGCGUUCCCUGGGGAAGCAGCCCCCAGCUCUGUACCUGGGGUGCCAGAGAGAAUUCCCUCAGGAACCACUCCACCUCAACACAGGGAAUUCCCCCUGGGAAUUCCAGGAAGCAGCCCUGGCUCACCAGGAAGCAACCUGGUGGGCUCACCAGCAGGAAUUCCUUUGGGAAGCAGCCCUGGGCAGGAAACCUCCCAGGAGCAACCCAGGCAGGGCUCACCAGCAGGAACCCCCCGGGAGCAGCCCCAGCAGGGCUCACCAGCAAGAAUCCCACCAGGAGCAGCCCAGGAAGGACUCACCAGCAAGAAUCCCCUCGGGAAGCAGCCCUGAAGGGCUCACAAGAAGGAAUUCCCUUGGGAAGCAGCCCCAGCAGGAACCCCCCAGAGCAGCCCCAGGGCUCACCAGCAGGACCCCCUUGGGGAGCAGCCCCAGCAGGAACCGCCCUCGGGAAUCAGCCCAGGAAGGGCUGCCCCCAGGAACAGCCCCAGCAGGAGCCCCUAGAGCAGCCCUGGGGCUCACCAGCCGGAACCCCCUCGGGAAUCAGCGAAGGAAGAGCUCCCCCCAGGAGAAGCCCCAGCAGGAGCCCCCUCAGGAGGCAGCCCCAAAGGGCUUACCAACAGGAAUUCCCUUGGGAAGCAGCCCCAGCAGGAACCCCCCAGAGCAGCCCCAGCUCACCAGCCGGAACCCCCUCGGGAAUCAGCCCAGGAAGGGCUCCCCCCAGGAGAAGCCCCAGGAAGAGCUCCCCGCAGGAGCAGCCCCAGCAGGAGCCCCCUCGGGAGCUCCCCCAGGAGCAGCCCCAGCAGGAGCCCCCUGA